GACCGUAAACAAGAAGCAUGAGAGAGUCCCAGAGACGGACAGCUGACAGAGGCAGGUCUAUGUGGAGCCUGCUGUGGGCAGACACGGAGGAGGACACACACCGCGACGCUGUUUCAGGGCGUUGAUGUUCGGACGGUAAACUGUGAGACAUCAUCCAGCGCACCCUGGGGACAAAGAAAGGAGGCUGCACUGAAUUCUGCAUGUAAGAGAGAAGAGGAAACGCACAGUAGACUGUACAGAGGACUGUACAGAGGACUGCAGAAAAUCUGCAAAAUCUGACAGCAUCAUCCUCCACUGCCCAGCCUUCAUAGACUGAGGUGGACAUUUCAAAUCUCCCUUUCCUUGACCACCCAGGAUGGAGGAUUAAAUCACAUGCUCCGUCACGAGCGAUAACAAACCAAACCUGCUGAAACCUCAUUCUCCAGUGCUUGAUAAGCCCUUGAGACCUUUCUGAGAGCUUAGAGCAACACAAACUUUCCCAAGUAAUUUUCUUAUCUUACUCAAAGGAAACAUUCUGAUAAAAGUCAGAAGCAAUUUAUGUUUUUUCAGUGAGGGCUUGAAACAAGAGACCUAGCCACGGCCUGCUGGAAGGUCUCAGAGAAGCUUUUGGAGAACGCAGACUUGGAGGACAAGAUUGCUGCUUGUGUGACGGAGGUGAUGGGUAACAAGAACGCCAUUCCACCAAAAGGUCCUGACACUGGGACAACGCAGAAAGAGGAAGGGGUGUGCAACGAUGGUGUCACAGGAAGCGUCUCGAGAGAUGAACUGUCGGGCCCCAGCCCAGAGCUGCUGGCCUCCCUGCAGUCCCUCCGAGAAAACAGUGACUACACACUGCUGCCACACUCCCUGCACCAGAUUGCAGAGGCCUACUCGCUCAAAGAGGACUACCAGUGGGCCAUCCAGUUCCUCCAGCUGGAGAAGCUCUACCAUGAACGUCUGCUCUCCAACCUUGCUGCCCUGCAGGAGGACUGGGAGAGCCAGUGGAGAGAGAAGAAGAAUGCUGAGAGCAGUUUUCCAGCAGAGACAGACGGCAUCAGCCAAAAACACAUCGAGACCCUGAGCCAGAUCUGCAGGACACACCUCAGACCAUCCAUCAGUGUCCAACAGAACAUGGUGAAUGCAACGCUGAAAGAUAUUCAGAGCAAGAAUGAGACACUACAACCCUGUCAUGAUAAAGUCAACAAGCCUGAAACAACACACGUGGAUGAAGAACAAGAGCAAAGCAUGAACUCGGAAUCAGAGCUUCCCGCACCACAGGAGGGAGGUGAGGAGGAGAGAGAAGAAGAACAAGAAGAGACAUAUGAGGAAGGGCAGGAAGUAGAAGAGGAGGAGGAGCAGUGUGAGGAGACGCCAGAGGAUGAGGAGGUGAAGGUGGAGUGGCCAACAGGAGUCCCCCAGGCUUCAGACAAGGACCUGGCCAAGCUGUCCCAUACAGAGGGGAGUUCCUCCCCAGAUGGUCUGGUCUCCAUUCUGAAAAGGAGGAGAGCAUCACUGGAUGGAUUGCCUCCCCCGAGUGACAUUGUUACCAAACAGAACUCCAAACGCAAAGUUCGCUUCAGUGAGCCAGAGGACGGCAUUGAGCACGAUGAGGUAGGUGGAGACUCCUGCCUGAUCCUGCUGCUGCUGUGUCUGGUUACCGUGGUGAUCAGCAUAGGUGGGACGGCCCUCUACUGCACCCUGGUGGACACUUACUCCAACAUUUGCACCGACUUCACCCACAACGUCGACUUCUAUGUCAUGAGCGUGCGGAGGUUCUUCGAAGGGCUCGGACACUGGCUGCCCCUCCGGACUUAGACCCUGUCACCUGCAUUCCACAAGAGAGCUGUUUCAGACACUCGUACUGAAUGGACUGUGUCAUGAAGCCAGGAUGAGACAGUUCACAAGCACAACUCCAAUGAGAGUGUUUAAAGCUUUGAUUUCCUCCACAGUGACUGGACUCAUGUCUGAGCAAAACAGCGGGUGCUCACAGCACACUAAACAGUAAAAACUGUUACAGGCGUGCAUGUUGUCGGAUCACAGUUCAGAAACUCCUGUUUACUACUGUUGUGUGUGGAUAUUUCCUCUUAAGCUCAAUCUUACAGCUACCACACAAGAGGGCUCACAACUCUCAACAAUAUUUAUAUUUUAACAGAAGUAGUUAAUCUGUGUAGAAGUGUUUCCCUGUGCUGUGUUUUGUCUUUUGUUCCAGAAGGUGUUUUGUGCUGGUUAUAUUUUGACUCAUAAAGACAGAAAUAUAUCUUCAGAAUCAUUAGGGUUGUACGUGUGUGUAUGUGUGUGCGUGUGUUUGUGUGUGUGCUGUUUUUUGAGUGACUGAUGAGCCAAAAGAUGAUUUUUUAAAAUUCAUGUUACCAUUAUCUUUCACUCUGUUGACCCAUCUCUGUUAAAUGCAUAUACAGUAGGGCUGUACACCUUUAUCACACACGUUAUACAGCACGACGACAAACGUUUAUAAUGUUUUGAAAAACCCUGCUUCCAGAUACAGAUGGGCCUUUAUGAUCCUUUCACUGAGAGAGAUUAUUUUAUAGCUGCGCGUUUACCUCAAUACAAGCAGUUACUCUUCACAUUCCUCUUAUCAUGUGACCAACUCAAAGUGAAACAUUGAACUAUAUGUGAUACUGGUAAUAAAGUGACCUAUUGGGCGCAGCAUCCUAAAACAGUCUGCAUGAAUGAUGCUGUAUGUGUAGAUUCAGGAGGAGCGUGGCUCUUGGUUUGGAAAUAUCAAGUCUACAAAACAUUUCAGUGUAGUUAAGAUUACCAGUAUGCAAUACAGUAAUUUAACUCCACAAACUCAGGCCUUACCCUGUGUUUAUACCUUUGGUGCUCAAUGUUUUCAUGUUCACCCUUUAGUGAACUGUAUAACCCUAAAACUCCCGUUCUACAUCUGGACUUACGAUCAUAUUUAUUCUCCUCCUGCAGUGAGCAAACAGUUACAUCAUGCUAGUGAAAACACAAUGCAGAGAAAACAUUAAAAAAAAAAAAAGCGAAAAUAAAAAAAAGUACAUUAUUAUCGUGAACAUCACUAGUUUGAAAUCUUUCUUGAAUGUUCAGGCUUAGUCACACCUAACUCUGAAACUGAGUCGUCUCUAAUCUGCACUGGGAGUAUGGGAAUAUCCAGUGUACCUGGGUUAUGCUGUCUUUGUAGCAUUUUGUCCAAAAGCAGAGCUUAUUGGACCAGCAGUUUCCUGUCUGGCACAGGUAACACAACAGAAAAUACACCUGUUGAAAAGGACAAAUUGAAAUUUACUGAGCAUGUUCCUUUAUUCCAUUACUUUGUAUUGAUGUUUUUUCUGAUUUCAGCACACCUUUCUCUCUCCCUCUGAACUCCCAAUGUCUGCAAAGAGAUGAAUGUUACUUCUGUAUUGUCACUGUUGAUGUUGCAUUAUGCAAUCCAACCUUGUUUCAAUAUUUAUGUUCAUUUGUGUCCACAAGGGAAAAUAUAUUAAUUAAGAAACGUUUGCCAUGUGUUU